AUGCCCAUGCCUAGCAAAGUCACGCUCACAGUCGGCUCGCUCAUAGCGGUGUCCGUCAUCGUCGCCGUCGCAUCGCGUCUCUCAUGUAUGGCUGACUUGUUCUCAGCAUACGCUUCGCCUGACGAGACUGACGACAACGACGAGAAGCGAACACAUGUGAAGGGGUCCCCGGCUUGGUCGUUUGGCACCCUCGAAUCCGAGAGAGAGGCCGGAACCUGCACAGCUUGGCGAAGCGCCGCUGAUGCAUCCAGCAGCGAACGAACUGAAAGUGCCCCUCACAUGGCCGGCGUCGAGAAGAGCGGCAAUGGGGACCAGGAGGAGGCUCUAGUCAAAUCAUGGGACAACAUGGAAGCAUCUCCGGGUUCCCUGCCCUCUGACCGGCCCUACGAUGCCGACGACGAUGCCGAUGACGACGAGGACGACGAUGACGAUGUCUGGGGCAUGCUGCAGGGCUUGGAACAGGAGCUGAAAGACGCCCAAAAGAACAGCUCUGCGCUCCGUCUGCAGCUCGACGAGGCGCGCGCCGACGUCUGCGCGCUACAGAUCCGCGUCGCCCAGCACGAGACGCGCGCGCGGCUCGUAUCCGAGGACCUCGACGUUGCCAUAGAGGACAAUCACGCCUUGCACGCCCAGAACCGGCGCCUCCAGAUACAGUUGCAAGAGGCCAGCAACGAGAAUGCCACGUUGCGGGAGGGUCUGGCGGCGGCUGCCGCCGUCGGCCACGCGCUGAAGGGCAGGGAGACGGAGCUUCGCGGCACCAGAAAGGCACUGCAGGGCUUGCGCGAGGCGCACAUUGAACUCAUCGAGGCUGCUUCACAACGUCGAUCGUAG